UUUUGACCUUUCCUCUUUCUUCUGUCCUCUUUUUUUUCCUCUCCUGUGUAUUGUCUUCGCAUCUCAAUGACCUGCAAAAAACUAUUCCAUCUUCAUUUCCUUAAUGGAGUUUCGUCUCUUCCGGCCAUUUCCUUAUGGCUUCCCCUUUUUUUUUCGUUUUGCCCGUUUCACUAUCUUUUUAUCCGCUGGAUAUCUCACUGCUGUAUUGCCUUCUCUUUCAAUUGCCUUUUGUUUUAAGCUGGCCUCUCGAAAACACUUCCUCGGAUAGCUUUUCCACACUCUUAUCCCUACCGGAGCUUCAUCCUGCUCGAGCUCACCGACCUUCAGCUGCGUUUUUUGGGGUUAGCCAUUCCCCUUUUUUUGCCCACUGGAUUUCUCUCUGCUGGGUUGGUUUCUCUUGGUCGCUUUCCACAGCCUUCAGACGGCUUGUGUUUUGAGCUGGCCUCGGGGAAGGUCAGGCUUGUGCCGGCCUUGAGUUGCGUAAAUUGAACAAUGUCUUUGCCUGUUGCUGCUGUCCCCCAAGUUGUUCGCAUAUCUGAGGUUAGUGAAACUACGGUCAAUUGGAAAACUUUGGUGCACGUCCUUGAGUCUCAUCGUGUCAGGGUCGUUCAAAUGAAUGGUACUUCAAAGGCAUUCCGUCGCUUUGAAUUUGGUGAUUCCCAGGGUAUUACGGUUGCUGCGGUUGUCUAUGAUGAUGACAUUUCCCAUGUAGAUGGUCUUCUACUGCCGUUCAAGAAGUAUUACAUAUCAGCUGUGGAGCUUUGUGAAAUUCUAGAGUCUACUCCACCAGAUGCUGAAGCUCAAGCUUUACAAAAAAUAUCCAUCGCAAAUGCUGAAGUCAGGGCUGCUGCUGAAAGGUUCCAACCUGAUGGACUUAAGCUCCAGUGGAUUAUAAGCACCAAAACAGUUGUAGAAGAAAUUGAUGAAGCUGAUUCAAGUGUGUUGCCGUUCCACUUUGAUUUCACGGCUUAUAAAGACCUGCCUCUUUACGCAGACAUGAAAUAUGAAACUAUUGAUGUCAUUGGAAUAGUCAUUCAUGCAUCGGCGAUUAUUCCAAUCCAUAAAGAUUCACAUGAAUUACUGGUGCAAAAAAUUUGGCUUGUGAAUGAAGAAAUGAAUCCUAUUCUGCUGUCUCUUUGGAAUGAGUUCACUGAAAAUCAAGGAAAAUCUAUCACUGAUCUGAAAGACAAGCAUCCCGUUGUAAUAUGUCACAGGCUCAAUGUUGUUAUGUACAAUGGGCUGCCAGAAAUGAAAAAAGCUUUGCGGGGCUUCUUCAGGAUAACAUGCAUGCUAAACAAAGUCCUCAGCUAUUUCACGAAUCACACCAGAAAAUUAUUUCUAUCAUUGAUGUUGUACCAACGCAAAAGAUUUCAUGGGUUAAGGCACAGGUUUCUUUCCAGCACAUUGUUCAAAAAUAUUAUUACAUGGAUUGCAUAAAAUGCCACCGCAUGACUGCAGCAAACUUUGGAACUACGUUCACUUGCAAUCACUGUAAUGAGAAACAACAGGCUUCUCCCAGGAAAGCAAUCUCGGCAUGCAAUUCAUUGCUUUAUGUGAACGUAGAGAAUGCAUAAUUGCCGCUAGAAAAAGUCCAUCAGGAACUACAAUCAAAGAUGUUCAUAAUACAGCUAAAGGCAGCAGCUACCAGGGAUGGAGGAGGUCAUCAGCGUUAUACAAUUGUCUAUUGUUUUGAGGAUGUAAGCUCUGAAGAAUCUGCUAACAAGUCUGCAAAUCCUGAUGUCCAGACUUGUUUUGAGGAAGUUGGCAAUACUGUCCCAGCAAGUGUAGCACCAGAAAACCAAGUUUCUUCAUCAAAGGUGCGAAUUCGUCUUGAUACAAAGUUUGAUCAAUCUGAAGAUGCAAAUGACAAUACAUCUAAAGACGAGGAGACAUCCAUCAGCAAAAAGGCAAAGAAAAAUUGAUUGCCUUUUCGUUCCUUAGUUUUCUGGCUAUGAAUUCAGAUGUCUAUGUCUUUUGCUAAUGCUUAAAGCAUUCAUUUUGCUGCAGCUUUUGAAACUAUAUCUCGAACUUAUAACCCACCUUUUUGAAGUCUUAGCUUUAUCAACCGUCUGAACAAAUGUCUGACAAGUAUUGCUAUCCCUUAUUAGUCAUUACAUUAUCUGCUGCAAUUCUAUAUAUAUUAAUUGUAUGACUCUUGUCAAUA